ACAAAUAAUAUGAAUAAUAAUAAUAAUAACAACAAUUCGAUCGAUGCCUGGAUGGAGUACCAGGCUUAUUAAACGGCUCGUUAUCGUUUAUUAUCGUUCGAUACAUCGGUAUUAGAACUGCCACAGUCUUGAAGGAAACUAGUUACUGAACCUGAGGGACUUGUUAGCCCCGCCCCCCCUCAUCUUCAUCCUCCUCCUCCUCCUCCUCAUCGCACUCCAGCGUUCCGGCGGGAAGCGCGCGCGCAGAGCCGAGCGCUGGAGAAUCAUCGCCUCAGUCUUUUUUUUUUUUUUACGCGAAGAGAAGCACCAUACCGGAUUAAACUCUGCUCCGUUUUCUUGUGGGGAGAAAAAAGAAACCCGCCGGCAUUCGCAGUCAGAUAAGUAUGGUAUAACAUUUUCUAGGGGACACUUUUGAUAAACUGCAUCACAUCCGAGCAAAUACGGUGUUUUUUUGUUUUUUUUAUUUACCCCCAUCCUCUCUCUUACGAAGAGGAAACAUCUUCCGAAAUGACUUCAGAUAAAGUGUGGAUUCUCUGACCAGUGCAGUGUCCUGUCGUGUUUCGGUAUUCAGAAACGUCAAGACUUUGUCAUAUCUCAUUUUCAACCUGUUCUCUUUAUCGUGUAGAAUUGUAGACAUUUAUCAGACGCGUAUCUGCGUUAUUCCGAGCGGCCAGGGCUUCGUCAGAAUGGCGGAGGCGAAUAAAACGGUCACUUAACGGAUUUUCUUCAUCGACGAGAAGGAUUUUGUUGCUGCUGCUGCUGCUGCUGUGUUUUUCUCCUCUUCCAUGGCUGGAUUGUGUAUAUGAAAGGGGCUGUGGCGGAUUUUUUUUUUUUUUUGUCCAGCGACUUGAGUCUGGAGACACCCGAGAGCAAGCAGUAGGCUAAUCUCCAUCCUUACACCGAGACUCAGUGGAAGUGAAGAAGAAGUGGUCCACGGAGACUAAGUUGCUACCACGCUGGGGCAUCAUGGACUUCUCAGUGGGAUUGUAUCUGCUAUGGGCAUUAGUGUUGGACUUUGGGCAUGGCACACUGGGUGGUAUCCUGUACCGGGUGCGUGAGGAGCAGCCGCCAAGCACCCUGAUAGGCAGUCUGGCAGCUGAUCAGGGCUUACCAGACUCUGGACACCUGUACAAGUUGGAGGUGGGCACCCCUUACUUGCGAGUGGACGGAAAAACAGGGGAAAUAUUCACCACUGAAAUCCCCAUAGACAGAGAGACUCUGAAGGACUGUCGGAUGAAAGGAAAGCCAUGUUUUCUGGAGUUUGAGGUGUCUGUCACGGAUCUCAUCCAGAACCAAAGCCCCCGGCUGAUCGAGGGACGGAUUGAGGUGCUUGACAUCAACGAUAACACCCCACAGUUUCCAUCACCUGUCCUCACUCUCUCUGUGCAGGAGAACACUCACAUGGGAGCCACCUUCUCCAUCCCGCUGGCUACUGACAAAGAUACAGAGCGUAAUGGUGUAGCUGACUAUACCCUCACUGCCGGACCAGAGGCUGUUGCACUCUUCGGCCUACAAGUAGCAGAUGACAGGGGUGAGAAAUUGCCUCAGCUCAUUGUGAUGGGAAACCUGGACAGGGAGUUGAAAGACUCCUAUGACCUAACCAUCAAAGUAGUGGAUGGGGGAAGCCCACCUCGCUACAGUAGUGCCUUGCUGAGAGUCGUCGUCACUGAUGCCAAUGACAAUGCACCCAAGUUUGAGAAAUCGUCCUAUGAAGCAGAGGUUUCAGAAAAUAGUCCUGUUGGACACUCAGUAUUACAGGUCAAGGCCAAUGACUCAGAUCUGGGCCCAAAUGGUGAAAUUGAAUACAUCAUUCAUCAAGCUAGUGAUCCAGUGCCAAAGCUGCUACAGAUUGACCGUUCCACAGGCAUCAUAUAUGUAAAAGGCCCAUUGGAUCGUGAGGAGAUCAACAGCUUGAAGUUUCACGUUAUUGCACGGGACAAAGGUCCCUCACCUAAAAGCUCAACAGCAUAUGUUUCUGUUGAGGUAACCGACCAGAAUGAUAAUGCACCAGCUGUGGAGAUCCGUGGUAUUGGUCUUAGGACCCAUAGUGAUGGGGUUGCAAACAUCUCAGAGGAUAUGCCAGUGGGCACUGCAGUAGCACUGGUGCAAGUGUCAGAUAAGGAUGAGGGAGAAAAUGCUGUCGUGACUUGUGUGGUAGCAGGAGAUGUUCCAUUCCAGCUCCGACCAGCUGGUGAUUCCUCUAUUGAUAACAAGAAGAAGUACUUUCUGCAGACCACCACACCUCUAGACUAUGAGCGUGUCAGGGACUACCGGGUGGAGAUCGUAGCUGUCGACUCAGGCAACCCAGCUCUGUCCAGCACCAACUCCCUGAAAGUCCAAGUGACUGAUAUUAAUGACAAUUCUCCCAUAUUUUCACCUCCGGUGUUUGAAAUAGAGUUUGCUGAAGAGAACCAGCCUGGGGAAAAGGUUCUUGAUGUUACUGCUGUAGAUGCAGAUAGUGGCACCAACGCAGAACUCAUCUACAGCAUUGUUGCAGACUCCUCAACAAGGGGGCUCUUUGAGAUUGACCCUAGCACAGGUGAAGUACGAGCAAGGAGUCCACUUGACCGUGAGCACAAAGAACGUUAUGAGUUCCGUGUUACUGCAACCGACAAAGGGGUUCCUAGCCACAAGGGUACCGCUACUGUUGUGAUCAAAGUACUGGAUAGAAAUGAUAAUGAUCCCAAGUUUAUGCUUAGUAGCUACAGCUUCUCUGUCCUGGAGAACAUGCCACCACUAAGUCCGGUUGGCAUGGUGACUGUACUAGAUAUGGAUAAAGGAGAAAAUUCCCAAGUGCAGCUUUCUGUUGAACCUGAUGUUGGAAAGUUUGUAGUACAGAAUGGCACAGGAACAAUCCUAUCAAGUAUAUCCUUUGACCGGGAGAAAGAAAGCAGCUACAGUUUCCGACUCAAAGCAGUAGAUGGAGGAGAACCCGCUAGGUCAUCUUAUGUUGGCGUGACCAUCAAUGUACUUGAUGAGAAUGACAAUGCACCUGUUGUUACCAAACCUUCCAAUUCUUCUUUCAAACCUCUGUCCCCGCUGGCUGCACCGGAUACUGUUGUUGAGGUGGUGGAGGCAGAAGACAUGGACUCCGGCUCCAAUGCUGAGCUUGUCUAUAGUAUUGCUGGGGGGAACCCCCAUGAGCUGUUCUAUAUAUCUCCGUCUGACGGAGAGAUCAAACUAACAAAGGAACUGACUCGGAAACAUGGAGGUCUACAUCGCUUGGUGGUUAAGGUGAGUGAUAGGGGUAAGCCUUCUCGCCAUGCAAUUGCCUUGGUGCACAUUUAUGUCAAUGAGACCAUUUCCAAUGUCAGCCUGGUGGAAGGCCUAGUGGGACAUAGCUUAUACACUCCACUGGACACAGACAUUGCGGGUGACCCUGACUAUGGUCUAGCUGCUCAGAGAAGCAACAUUCUCUAUGGUAGCCUGGCUGGUGUGGCAGGAGUUGUCACUGUAAUCAUAGUGGUGGUCUUCAUCAGACAUCGCCUCCAGAGAGAAACCAAGAGUGGCUAUCAAGCUGGCAAAAAGGAGACUAAAGACUUGUAUGCACCCAAACAAGGACCAAAGAGCAUUAAGGGUAAAAAGGGAAGAAAGGGAAAGCCUCCAAAAUCACCCAAACCUCUUGGGGAAGAUGAAGAGGUCAGCCUCCAAAAGAGUCUGAAGUUCAACAUUGAUGGGGUUAAUGACAGCCCUAGGAUCCAUCUGCCCUUGACCUACCCACCUGGCAGCCCUGACCUGGGCCGGCAUUACCGUUCAAAUUCUCCCUUGCCCUCCAUUCAGCUUCAGGCCCAGUCUCCAUCUGCUUCCCAGAAGCAUCAGGCUGUCCAGGAGCUGCCUGCUACCAAUACCUUUGUGGGAACAGAACGAGAUGACAACUCUACUGGCUCUGACCAGUACUCGGAUUACAGCUACAAGACCAAUCAGCCAAAAUACAGCACAAAAUCACUGCCACACCGCAGAGUGACGUUCUCCACCGCCAAUCCGGUGCAGGAUGCUCAGGACUCGUCCCAGCAGAGCUACUACGACAGCGGCCUGGAGGAGUCUGAGACACCCAGCAGCAAGAGCUCAUCAGGGCCACGCCUCGGCCCGCUGGCACUGCCCGAGGAACACUACGAGAGAACCACGCCUGACGGCAGCAUCGGAGAGAUGGAGCACCCUGAAAAUGAUGUUCGCUCGCUUCCUGACGUGGCCAUGACGGGAACCUGCAGUCAGGAGUGCAGUGAGCUCGGCCACUCGGACGCCUGCUGGAUGCCCGGUCAGCCUUCACCUGCCCGCAAGGCGCGCACGCUGCCCAAACUCUCCACCUUCGUGCCUUACCAGGAGAGAGGAGGGACUCUGGGACGACUGGCCAACGGUGAGCCCCGGCCCCGCCUCCCGCCCUCGCGCAGUGCCUACGCCCCCAGCGACCACGCCCCCAACGAUCACGUCCCGAUGGAGGAGGUGCCUCUGAGUGUCACCUCCGAGUUCCCGCCCACUAGUCCCACCUCUAACCACGCCCCCAAACGGGAAAUAUACCUGUGAACGAAGUGGCGAUUGAUUGACCUCUGCACUGAGGAACGGAAUGAAAAUAUCACUCGAAUCGCUAAUUCGGGCUGUUAGUGAACUUUAAAAAAAAAAGUGUGGUAGAGGUGUACGUUUAUUUAUAUUUCUAUUUAUUUAUGAAUUCAUCUAUUUAUUACUGUGAGCUUUUUUCUUUUACUUUUUCACCUCCCCCUCUCCUUCUCCUCUUCCUCCUCCUCCUCCUCCUCCUUCUUCUCCAUGAACCGUGAUGUAAGCGCUCGGGGACUUUCUGAGUGACUUUAGCUUCGCUAGCCUGUGGAAUGUUUACCGGAUCUUUCCGAACAGUGUGACCUGUGCUGUAGUGCCAUAAGCCUGAAGCUCUCGCUCGGCUUCUUCUUCUUCUUCUUCUACUUCUUCUCCGAGUCUCUCCGAGCCACUUCCUGGACCGGGGAGUCACCACGGAGCGGUCUUAGUACAUGUACAGCGAUGUAAAUACAUUUCUAUGAUCUGUAUAUAUGAAUACGAGGAGCAGGCUUGAGCUGAGAUAAAAAAAAAAUCGAAAAAAUUAAAAAAAAAUGGUACAUUCCGAAUUUUAUCAGCCUGAGGAGCGGGUGUCGGUGGUUCACCUUUAGCUCCUGUUCAGCUUAAGUCUGUGUGAGUGUGUCUGUGUGUGUGUGCGUGUGUGUGUGUGCGUGUGUGUGUGUGUGUGUGUUUGCUAGGCUUUCUAAACUUCUUCUGGAACUGCAGUAUAUGAGACUGACAUUACACUGGGAGUUGCUGCACACUAUCACAGACUUAACUAGUGUGUGUGUGUGUGUGUGUGUGUGUGUGUGUGUGUAAGCGAGCAUGUUUGCCACUGUGAACCCUUAACUCCACCCAGAAAGCAGGUAACGCUUCUCAAACACACAGCCUACAGUGAGGCGAGCAGGAAAAAAAUAUCUGCACUGAGCCUCUGUGUGCACGGAGUUUUAGAAGGAUUAGAGGGCGGGGCCAAUCUGCUGUCCCGUCCAUCACAGGGCCUCACCCUCAUGGCUGUUUUUUUUUUUUGUUUUUCUUUUCUCCAUAGUCACAGCCUCGUGUUCUGUAACCUGUUUAGGUCUCCAGAACGUUUUUUCAAUGCCUUAAAAAAAGAUCAUUGUAUCUAACAAUCAUAAUCGAUGAUGAUUUCGAUUGAUAAUCCUUCCUGACCUCAUGAGCAUGUGUUUCCGGUCAGGAGUGACUCAAAGGUCACAAGCGAAAUGACAUGAAAUGAAACGAAAUUGCCUCAAUCUAUUUACUCAUUCUUGCGUUUUUUUCCCCCUCAACCCCACCGUCCUUGCUUCAAAUUGGACUGAUUUCCGAAGGCGACUUCUCUUAGCAUAAACAGCUGGACGGUGCAGCUACAGGAAAGACUGCCCUUUUAACGUGUGAUUAUGGAAAUGACACGACGAGUGUGGCUACUUUUCCCCGAGCUAAACUGCAGUCUGACACUGAGGAGUCAUCCGAGCCACGCUGCUAAGCCCAGGAGCGUCACGGUGCAUUACUAUAUCUUCAUCACCACGCUAACGUGACCUCCUUGGUGUGUGUGUGUGUGUGUGUGUGUGUGAGAGCGAGCAGUUGCAGUACAGUGACCAUAGAACUAAUUAGAGACUGGAGUGUGUGUGUGAGUGUGUGUUUAAGUGUGUGUGCGAACCCUCAGAGCUGGGAGACGACGAUCACCACACUAACUCACAGCUCCUACCUCAUCGGCGCCCCCUCUGGCACCUUGCGGAGAAUAAUUAACACACAGAACAUAUGGACACGACUGUGAUUCAAUAAGGCGAACCGUUACGGCGCCUUGCGGAAUAAAAGCACAUUGCGCUCUUCUUUGAAGCCAUUUCGUGACUGUGAUAAUAGAAAAAUAAAUACAUAAAUCGAGCGAGCGAGAGGCACGAUCUGGCGUAAUUAGCACUUCUUGUUGGUUUCUCUGUGUGCCCAGCUCUGACGUGGCUGAACGCUAGUUCUCUGACCUGAACCGAGAUCGCGCUGGAGUGUUAAUGCUGCCUAGAAGCCGCUGUUUCUGCACUUAAAGGAAAAAUUCACCAUGAACAUUUCGCCUUUAUUAAAAUAUUCAUUAACGGCUAACGAAAUUAGAACUUCCUACCUUCUCAGAGCAGUGCAGCAGGAUUGAUCCCUCACUACAUCUCCAGCGAUGCAGCAGCGCUUUAGUCUUUUACUCAGCCCGGUUUCUCUCACCUCCUCAUCAUUACGUUGUGUUUAAACAGACUGUUUCUGAAUGUUUCACACUGAUAUCAUCAUCGCCGAGCUGAGUCUCUACUACUUCAGAUCUGGAUUUCCGUAUUAACGUGACGUCGCUCCAAAACAACAAACAUUUUAAACUAGCUGCAUUACUACACCACCAACCAACAGAUCAGCCCUGAAGGCAUCUGUUUUAGGCGGACUUUUCCUUAAAGGUUUCCUGACUCUUCUCCACGCUGACCUGAGACCUUUUCCGACACACGGGUUCGAUCCGAUUUCGAACGCCGCCUCUUUAGUCCUUUAGGCCGAAUGUGAAAACUCUUUACUCGUCGUUGUUUAUUUAAAAAAAACUGGUGUUUAGACAUGUGCUCUCUUGCUGUUCGGUGUCCGUAGCUGAGGAACUCUGGGUGUGAUACAGUCGUGGUGAGAGAGGAACGUUUUAUCCUUUUUUCUUUUCCUUUUUUUCCCCCGAUGAACGCAGUGCUGUUUUGUGGCUAGCGUCUCUAGAAGGUGUUUUGUAUAUAGACCUCUCAGCCCCCUCCGGUGUGUGCCGUCGAGCCUGCGGCCGAUUUAGCAUGAAUUCCAAAGAUAAUCGGUAGAAAUCGUUUGCUGUUCUUCGCCGAGGUGUUAGUGGUGGACGAGAAAAAAAAAACCUUUUUUUUUUUUCCUCUCUCCGUUUGAAAAAGCGAAAAAACUCGAAUCACACACUCGCACAGCCCCAUCAUCACUCUUCACUGUUCACAUGAAUCUAAAGACAGCUGCCUUGAAAGUAUGUAUUUUACAGGAGAGUUAAAAAAAAAAAAAUCGUUAUCUUUAACUGUUGGUUAUAUUUAUAUAGGAAUAAAAACUGCUUGUGAUGCCCUGUUUUUUUGUACAGUUUUAUGUACAUGCAAGUGAAGCUUUUUAAAUCUCGCGACAAAAACGCCGACGGCAUAUAAAAACGGUAAAAGACAAAAAAAUACCCAAAAAAAACAAACAAAAAGAAAAAAAAAAAAACAAAGUGUUUAUUGAGACGUGCACAUCUUUGCCUUGGUUCGAGUCGAUUGUUUGGCUGAGUCGGUGUGAAUGUGGCCGUUUCUAUGCCUGCACCAUAGUCGUUUCACUGGCUCCCACUUCCCCAGGGCUUCAUCUGAAACUCUUUUCUGCGUUUAUCGUGAACAGUGGGCCGUCCGAUCCUCUCCGUUCGUUUGAUUCCCGUGUGUUAUGUUUCAUUCUGUUUUCCGCAUGUUGAGAAUAUACCCCUUGUAAUAAGUCCUUCUUGGAGAAAAAAAGAGUUUGUAAUAAAAUGAGUAAAGAGA